CGCGCUGGGCUGCCAGGGCCUUCAGUGUGUGAGCCGGCAAUGGCGGGCGCUCUCUCGCUGUCUGGCGUGCUGGGGCUGCUACUUGUGUCUGCGCUGCCCGGGGUGCUUGCAUACCGUGCCAGCCCCGACUUCCGGGCACACCCAGGGAACCCAGCCCAGGUCGGCUCUGGGGCCACAGAAGCCCGGCGGCGGUCGCCGCCCAAGGACCAGCGUGAGAGGGCCCGGACUGGGGCGCUGCCUUUGGGGGCGCUGUACACUGCGGCCGUCGUGGCUUUUGUGCUGUACAAGUGUUUGCAGCAGGGGAAAGAUGAGGCCGCAGUUCUCCAAGAGGAGGCAGGCAAGAAGCAAUCGUUGCAGUUAGAGCAACAGCUGGCUCAGUUGACACAACAAGUGGCUCAGACAGAGCAGCACCUGAACAAUCUGAUGGCCCAGCUGGACCCCCUCUUUGAGCGUGUGACUACACUGGCUGGAGCCCAUCAGGAGCUUCUGAACAUGAAGCUAUGGACCAUCCACCAGCUGCUCCAAGAUAACAAGCCAGACAAUGGCAUGGAGGUUCCAGAACCAGAAGCCAGCAUACCCUUUCCUGAGGACUUACGUCUAGAGGACAAGGAGGAGCCUGUAAACUGGCGCACAGAGACAUGGAACUUAAACACUUCUUGGGAGGUAGAGCAGGGGCUAAGGAGAAGGUGCAGCAGGGCUGCAGCAAAAGGCCCCAAUCACAGCCCCAGCUGGGAAGGAGGGACAACAGCUGAGGGUUUAGUAAAACAAAGUCUGUUGUGACUGGG